ACAGUGCACUUCCGUCUUCUGCCUCCUCAAGCAGCACGUUUCCAUUUGCAGAGCGGCCACACGCUCAGCCACCUGUGCGUGUGAGGGUGUGUGUGUCUGACAAUGUUCACUAAGAAAUCACUCUAUUUAUAGACUCCUUAUCGUCAAACAAACAGGGCACAUCUGCAGUGCUACCCAACACAGUGAGGGAACAGAAGGAGGGAAUUUGCUUUCAUUUUCUCCACCAGAGUGGCGAGGAAGUGAUUUGAAGUGGCCAGGAGCAGAAGUUCGGCAGCCCGGGGGAGUUUUUUUUUUGGGGGGGGUCUGUGGAGGGGGAGCUGAUGGAGUUUUCUGAGCACAUCAAGACCGCCAAUGUGGAGGAUGUUGUUCUCCGACAGCCGCUGCACCCUCCGAGCAGAGGCACCCUGUGCAUCACCGGCCACCACCUGCUCUUCUCGGACAGGGAGGAGGGCAGCUCCCGGCAGCUUCUGCUGCUCCUCAGGAACAUCGAUGCCGUUGAGAAGAGUGUGGAAAACCUUUUGGUCUAUUCGGGCCUCUUCUCUAACGCAGGCCGCAGUGAAAGGAUAUCUGGAUCUUCAGGGACAAUUACCAUUAAGUGUAAAGAUAUGCGUGUGCUCCACCUUGACAUCCCAGGCAUGGAGCAGUGUCUCAACAUUGCACACUCUAUUGAGACCCUGUCCUGUCUGGAUGGCGUGGCGGCGAUGUAUCCUUUCUUUUAUAGACCAUCUGAUCUCAGCCUGCAGAACCAGUGGGGUCUCUCGUCCACUGAAAAGUACUACAGUCAAAUGAAGGAGCUUCAUAAUAGGUGGCGACUGAGCUCUGUGAACAGAGACUACUCAGUGUGUCCCUCUUACCCACCUGCUGUCAUCAUCCCCCAGAACACAGACGAUGACAUGCUAAAAAAGGUGGCCAAAUUCAGACAGGGAGGGCGCUUCCCUGCCCUCUGCUACUACCACAGGAAGAAUGGCAUGGUGAUACUGCGCAGCAGUCAGCCACUGACGGGAGCCAACAGGAAGCGCUGCAGGGAAGAUGAGCACCUCCUCCAGGCUGUGAUUGACGGCUCAGAUAAAGGUUACAUUAUUGAUACGCGCUCCAGUCAGCAGGCGCAGCAGGCGCGGAUGACAGGCGGAGGGUUUGAGUCCAAAUCGUCUUAUAGCCACUGGAAGAGACUACACAGGCAGAUGGAAAGGGGGAAAGCACUGCAGGAGAGUCUAAUUAAACUGGUGGAGGCCUGCGGUGACGAGUCCCAUAAUAUGGACCGUUGGCUCAGUAAGCUUGAGAAUUCAAAGUGGCUGUCUCACGUCCAAACUGCUCUGUCAACUGCUGGCCUGCUGGCAGAGUGUGUGGAGAGGGACGGUCAUUCAGUUCUGGUUCAUGGCUCUGAAGGGACAGACUCCACUUUGCUCAUCAGCACUCUGGCUCAGCUCAUCAUGGACCCAUGCUGCCGCACACUGGAGGGCUUCCUUGCUCUGCUGGAGAGGGAGUGGGUACAGGCAGGACACCCAUUCCAGCAGCGCUGUGCCCACUUUGCUUACUCCCAUGCGCGUCUCCAGCAGGAGUCCCCAGUCUUCCUGCUGAUGCUGGACUGCGUGUGGCAGCUCUGGCGUCAGUUCCCCCUGGCACUGGGCUUCUCUGAGGCGCUGCUCCUGAGGCUGGCGACUGAGGCCUAUGCGUCCGACUAUGGCACCUUCCUGUGUAACAGCCAUCAGGAGAGGUGUGCUCUAGGAGUGACAGAGAACACUCACUGCUUGUUCCAGGCCCUGUUGAGGCCCACAGAGAGAGAUUACUACUCAAACCCCUUGUAUGAGCCGACUGAACUAGCAAUCUGGCCCUCGGUCCACCCUCAGUCCCUGCAGCUUUGGAGAGGCUUUUUUCUGAGGUGGACCCAACAGGCUCGUCAGCUUGAAGAGGCUCAGGAGGAAAUAAGGAACAUGGUCAUUGAGUGGGGGAAGAUGGCGCUGAGCUGAUGCUCUUUAAGUAGGCUACAUGAACAAGUGAAGAUGCUCAGCCUGAACAUGUAGAACCUGUUACCAAAGUGCAAUGUCCUUUUGACUGUGGAAUUUUUAUCUCUGAAGUUUUAAUGUACAGGUUUUUAUUUUAUUCUUUUAUAAAAAUUGUAUUAGAAAAUAAUUGUUGGUCAUUUCACACAAUGUUAGUCCUUAAAAAAACACUUUUGGAGUUUUAUAAUUUCUUGUAUGUUUUGCAUAAUUAAAUAAUUAAGCCAUAAAUAA